CAGAAAGGUUACUGCAGAGUUUUAAUACAAGCAACAAAUUUGGAUACAUAUUUCUAUGAUUAACACAACUAGUACAGGCAAUAAAUUUGGGUUAAGAUUUCUAAUUUAAGCCCAAUGGUAUAGUAUAUUUUGACAUCUUCCAUUUCCAUUACUUCACCAUCAAGAAAUCUCUUCCAAAUUAUCAUUAAUGAACAUCAUGUGAUCCUUGUUUAUAGGGGACGAGGACCAGUAUCUUCCUGAAACCUGUAGCACUCUUAAAUUCGUCUGGUUAUUAAAUUGCAAACAUGAUUUUUCAAACAUAUAUUGAGCGUGAAUUCAAAGUUUCCUCUCUGCUUAUCUGGUUGAUGUGUGAUCAUGUGUCUAUAAAUCAAGUUCAUUGUUCUUCUCUUAUGUACCUCAAAAAACAACCCUCUCUAAUGGCUUCAAUAGGUUUAUAUGAAACAUUAAUAGCUUUCUUUAUUUUCCUCACUUUCUGUUUCUUGUUUAACAAGAAACACUUUAGUUACUUACUCAUCCAAAGAACCCUUAAAAGCUACCCCUGGAAUUGGCCGGUUCUCGGUAUGCUUCCCGGUGUGCUGGUGAGGCUCCACCGGAUAUAUGACUGCAGCGUCGAGGUUCUCGAGAACUCCAACUUGACGUUCCAAUUCAAGGGCCCAUGGUUCGCUGGAAUGGAUAUAUUGGUCACAGUGUAUCCAGCUAAUAUCCAUUAUAUAUUAAGCUCAAACUUUUCAAACUACAUCAAAGGUCCUGAGUUCCAAGAAAUUUUUGAAGCCUUUGGAGACGGGAUCAUCAACUCAGACUUAGAGCUAUGGAGGAAUAUUAGGAAGGCGUCUCAGGUUAUAUUCAGCCAUCAAAAGUACCAAAACUUCUCAAAAAGUACUACUCGAAGUAAACUCAAAGACGGGCUCCUACCUCUUCUCAGUCAUUUUGCAGAUGAAGAGAUAGUUGUGGACUUGCAAGACGUGUUCCAGAGAUUCAUGUUCGACACAACCUUCAUUUUCAUCACCGGGUCCGAUCCUAGAAGUCUCUCCGUUGAAAUGCCUGAGGUUGAGUUUGCUAAAGCUCUUGAUGAUGUUGGAGAAGCGAUUGUGUAUAGGCAUAUCACACCAAGAUUCUUGUGGAAGCUCCAAAAAUGGUUUGGUAUCGGAACAGAGAAGAAGAUGGUGAAAGCUAAUGCCGUUCUUGAUCGUGUUUGUGCAAAAUAUAUAUCAGCCAAGAGAGAAGAGAUAAGAUCACAAGAGAUUGCUGAUGAAGAGAGUGAGGAUCUGUUGACAUCCCACAUAAAGCUAGAUGCAAGCAAGUACGAGCUCUUGAAUCCUGAAGAUGAUAAGUUCCUCAGAGACUUCACAGUAGGUUUCAUGGCAGCUGGGAGAGAUUCAACGGCAUGCACACUCACUUGGUUCUUCUGGAUUUUGUCUGAAAACUCUAACGUGUUGUCCAAGAUUCUCCAAGAAAUCAACGAAAAUGUACCAAUAACUAGGUCUGACCAAGACAAGUCAUCGUACUUGAACAAGCUGGUGUAUCUACAUGCAGCAUUAAGUGAAUCAAUGAGGCUCUACCCACCAAUACCAUUCGAACGCAAGUCACCAAUCAAACCGGAUGUGCUUCCAAGCGGGCAUAAAGUCAAAUCAAAUAUCAAUAUUAUGAUAUUUAUUUACGCUAUGGGGAGAAUGAAAGACGUGUGGGGAGAAGAUGCAGCGGAGUUCAAGCCAGAGAGAUGGAUUUCAGAGACAGGAGGGCUGAGACAUGAGCCUUCUUACAAGUUCUUGUCGUUCAAUGCCGGUCCAAGAACAUGUUUAGGUAAGAAUUUAGCUAUGGAUCUGAUAAAGACAGUGAUUGUGGAAAUAUUACAAGCGUAUGAGAUUAAUGUCGUUAGUGGACAAAAGAUUGAGGCAAAACCUGGUCUUAUUCUUCACAUGAAGCAUGGGCUUAAAGUCACAAUUGCUAAGAAAUGUUCCAGCUUGGAGUAAAAUGCAUUUUGUAUGGAUUAGAAGGCUAAAUAAUGGAGUACAAUGCUCAUGCUUUUAAGUUAUUUUCGUCACAAAAAGGAGCGUAUUAUGCGAUUAAUAAGGAGAUCACAAUGCAUGGUCCACGCUAAGUAUUUAUUAAUCAAUGCUCCACUUAAUCUCUUUCACACAAUCGUUGAUAUAAUUAUUGUUUAAUAUGUUACAGAUGUCAUACAUGUGAUCUAAACUUUUAAGGGGCUGUAAACAUAAUAACGUAAUUUCAUCAAUGACUUCCUCAUCAAGGUUACUCCUUCAGUUACUUCAAUGAUAAAGAAAGCCUUUCAAUUCAGUGAUUUAAUUUGCAUUGUCAAAUGUCAAUCAUGUGUGAUCCUUGUUCAUUGGAGAUCACAUCACACGCUGUUUUCCAGACAUCAGCUGCGAUAUGAAACUGAAGAUUUACCUUAUUAAAAUUUAAUUAAACGUGGUGAAACACUAUAGACUUUAAUUUUCAUGUGUAUAAAUCCAGUUACUUCUUAUUCUUAUCUAAUUUACCCACUAUCAAACUUCACUAGUGGCUUCUAUCAGCUUAUUUGGUUACAUGCUUUCUCAUCUUUUAUUAUUUUCUCAUCAAGCAACACGUCCGUUACUUGCAAGUCCUAAAUAAAGGGUCAUGUGAGGAAAAUCAUAAUAGGUUUUGAAAUGUCGACAAAUUAGUAAGAGGCAAUGUAAAUUUUGUAAUGAAAUGAUAUAUCAUGGAUGACUGGUUGAGCUUUUUCUCAUUUCUUUAGUUUUAUUUAUUUUCAAAUUAUCAAACAUAGUCUAUCAUGAUUUAACUUUACUUUUGAAAGUUAAAGAUUACAUCAAAACUCUACCAAAUUUUGUAAUCAUGAUGUAGCUUUUUCUAAAGAUAGAACCAAAAAAAAGAUUUUUUUCUAUAUAUUUAUUAGGCAAAAAUCUUAUAUAUUUUUCAUUUAGACUGUAGAUUUUUAACAAAAAAGAAGAAGAUCAUC